AUGCCGCCCUCGCUUUCCAUUGUCCCGCCACCGAAACAUGUGGUCGCCGCACCACUCCCCUCUCCGCCGUAUAUUCCCGUGCACAGACGGGCCCAGAUGAGUCAGUCCACGCCGCCCACCCCGGGACAGCCGGUGGCACGAGUCUACGUGUUGCUUGACCUCCUCCGACUCCACGAUAGCCCGUUGGUCAAACAAACAAGCGAGGCCGCGCUGGUGAAGCUGCGCAAGCACCCCAAGUAUCGCAUCAUCUCUGCCGAAGGGAAGCAGAAGAGGGAGGCGGCUGCGGAAAACAGACAAAAGAAAAACGAGGCGGGGCAGCCUGAGCCCGAUCGUGUUCAACAGGAGGGCGUUGCGGCGGCCCACACGAUUGGCACCAAGAAAGGUCCGGCAUCUCCGGGCCGACGUCGGCUUACCAAGGGCCGUAAUGUUGGCAGUGGGCGUCGCAAGAUGCAUGCCGACGCUGUUAGUUGCCGACGGGCUGCAAGACCCACCACGUUGGCUUAA